AUGUUCAGGGAUUCCUUGUCCCUAAAUGAACUCCGGAAAGCCUAUCCUGAACUCUAUCAAUUCAUUUGUCAGACGGAUCCCACCUUCGGAGCCGCUGAUCUCGAAGAAGCCAAAGAAGAAGUCUCCCGGUCGAAAUUGGGCAAGGGUCUAAAAGACCAGGACUUUGACCAUGGUUUUGAUGUUUCUCAGCUUUUAAAGGAGUCGAAUUCAGUCACUUCUCUCUUGACCAUACGAAAAGCCAUGUCUUCGAUUUUUGAGUGCUUAAACACUGUACAUGUCCAGAAGACCCUGAAACUACGCCUUGAAAUACGGGACCUGUGCUCCCGUCUUCAGAGUCUGCAGACGAGCCGCGAGACGGACCAACGUGAGAUCUACCGACUGCAGCGUGAGAACGAUAGAUGUCGCAGGGAGUUGGCGCAGCAGGCUUCACGCUACGAGGAUCGCAUCACCGAGUUGCAUGGCGUUCUGGAGGAGUUGAAACGCAAGGCCUCGGAGAUGCAGAACUCCAACUCAACCAACAACGCCACCGUUGAUGUAAACGACCUGGUCGAGGUCAGCGACAGUGACGGCGAGACCGACGCACCCGAUGCGGAGGCUGCCUGCACAUUAUCCGAAUUCUCUGCACCUGAGUCCGUAUUACACCCGUCUAUCGGCCUGGAGGACAGAUCUAAGCCUCUGAUCGGAUGGGACGAAAAGGCCUCACUCUUUGCCCGUUGUCCCCAAGUUUCAUGUGGUUCAGCAACCUUUUCCAUAAAGGUAAAAUAA